GAUCUGAGGCUCCCGCGGUCCCGUGCUGUCGGCCCGCCCCGCUCGUGUCCGAAGGCGCCGCGCCCCGGGCCGGGCCCAUGUGCGUGCGGCCCGCCUCAGGCCGCCCGGGCUUCGCCUCUGCCAGCGCCCUGGCCUCCGUCCGGGCCUCCAAAGAGCCACCGCGACCCCCGGCCCUCCAGGCAGGUAAAGAGGCUAAAAAUCUCCUACUGAAUGAAAACUCUUUUCUUAAAGUUGCAUAUAUACCACGAAAAAAAGCCAAAUGUUUUUCUGUUUUGCCUGAAUACAAGAUUUAAAUAAGAAGUUUCCACAGAAGGAUCAAUGCCCAGGACCAAGGCAAUUUUUAUUUAUGGGUUUCUGUCUAUUGCUGCUUUAUAGAGGUUGCAGAAUCCUAUAAGCUCUGUGGCCAUCACCAUGUUCUGGAAGUUUGACUUGAACACCACAUCCCAUGUCGACAAACUGCUGGACAAGGAGCAUGUGACACUGCAGGAGUUAAUGGAUGAAGAUGACAUCCUGCAGGAGUGUAAGGCUCAGAACCAGAAGCUGCUGGACUUCCUGUGCAGACAGCAGUGUAUGGAGGAGCUGGUGAACCUCAUCACACAGGACCCGCCCCUGGACAUGGAAGAGAAGGUCCGCUUCAAAUACCCAAACACAGCCUGUGAGCUUCUGACUUGUGAUGUGCCACAGAUCAGCGACAGACUAGGAGGGGAUGAGAGUCUGCUGAACCUUCUGUAUGACUUUCUGGACCAAGAGCCACCACUCAACCCUCUGCUUGCCAGUUUCUUCAGCAAGACCAUUGGCAAUCUCAUUGCAAGGAAAACUGAACAGGUGAUUAUGUUCUUGAAGAAGAAAGACAAGUUCAUCAGCCUAGUGCUGAAGCACAUGGGCACUUCAGCUCUCAUGGACCUGCUUCUGCGCCUGGUCAGCUGUGUGGAGCCAGCUGGGCUCCGGCAGGAGGUCCUUCAUUGGCUUAACGAAGAGAAAAUCAUCCAGCGACUUGUGGAAUUGAUCCAUCCCAGUCAGGAUGAAGAUAGGCAGUCAAAUGCUUCUCAGGCACUCUGUGACAUUGUCAGGCUGGGCAGAGACCAGGGUAGUCAGCUGCAAGAGACCCUGGAGCAGGACCCUCUCCUCACUGCGCUGGAGUCGCAGGACUGUGUGGAGCAACUUCUGAAGAACAUGUUUUAUGAAGACCAGACGGAGAGCUGCCUGGUCAGCGGGACACAGGUGCUGCUUGCCCUGCUGGAACCAAGGCGGGCUGGGACAGAGGGUUUGGUGGACUCCUUUUCUCAGGGACUGGAAAGGUCGUAUGCUGUCAGAAGCAGUGUCCUGCAUGGCAUUGAGCCAUGGCUGAAGGACUUCCACCAGCUCCUGCUCAACCCACCAAAGAAAAAAGCGAUCCUGACCACUAUUGGUGUUCUGGAGGAGCCCUUGGGGAAUGCCCGACUGCAUGGUGCACGCCUCAUGGCUGCACUGCUGCACACAAACACACCCAGCAUCAACCAGGAGCUCUGUCGGCUCAACACCAUGGACUUACUGCUGGACUUGUUUUUUAAGUACACCUGGAAUAACUUUUUGCACUUCCAAGUGGAACUGUGCAUAGCCGCUAUUCUUUCCCACUCUGCCUCGGAGGAGCGGGCAGAAGCCAGUGGAUCCGAGAGCAGGGUGGAGCCUAUGCACGGGAGCAGGAACGGGAAUGGGAAGGUGGAGACCCCUCAACCAGUCGCCAGCCUUCCUGAGAACAUGAUGGUGACCCAUCUGUUCCAGAAGUGCUGCCUGGUACAGAGGAUCCUGGAGGCCUGGGAAGCCAACGACCAUACACAGGCAGCAGGUGGCAUGAGACGUGGGAACAUGGGCCACCUCACUCGGAUCGCCAAUGCAGUGGUACAGAACCUGGAGCGGGGCCCCGUACAAACCCACAUCAGUGAGGUCAUCCGAGGGCUCCCUGCAGAUUGCCGUGGGCGCUGGGAGAGCUUUGUGGAGGAGACGCUGACAGAGACCAACCGCAGGAACACUGUGGACCUGGUGAGCAUUCACCACCUUCACUCCUCAAGUGAGGACGAGGACAUUGAGGGUGCUUUCCCUAACGAGCUGUCCCUUCAGCAGGCCUUCUCCGAGUACCAAAUCCAGCAGAUGACAGCCAACUUUGUGGAUCAGUUUGGCUUCAAUGACGAGGAGUUUGCAGACCAGGAUGACAACAUCAAUGCCCCGUUUGACCGGAUUGCAGAGAUCAAUUUCAACAUUGACGCUGAUGAGGACAGUCCCAGUGCAGCUCUGUUUGAAGCCUGUUGCAAUGACCGAAUCCAGCCCUUUGAUGAUGAGGAGGAAGAAGACAUUUGGGAAGAUGAGGAGACUCGCUGUACUGCCCGAGUGAUGGCCAGAGCCAGGUUUGGAGCCCCCCACACCUCAGAAAGCUACUCAAAGAAUAGCCUGGAGCACAGAGGCCAGGACAGGAAAUCUGGCUCAGAGGCAGCCAGGAACAUACCUGGGCUGGACACCCCUCCAGCUGCUGUGCAGAAUGAAGGUUCCCUCUCAGAGGGUGACUCAGAAGGCACUGCAUGGACGGCGGUGUUUGAUGAGCCAGUGAAUCCGACACUCACAGUCCCAGCAGCUGCAAGGGAUGUAGGUUCUAGUGUGUGGGCAACUGGCCCCUCAGCUCCAGAGGAGAAAGGCUGGGCCAAGUUCACUGACUUCCAGCCUUUCUGCUGCUCCGAGUCAGGGCCCAGGUGCAGCUCUCCUGUGGACACGGACCAUAUCCAUGCUGGGGGCAGCCAUCACACAGACCCAGGAAAAACCUUUGGUCGUACCUCGCCUUGUGCCUGGAACGUGUGUGUCACUAGGAAGGCCCCCCUGGUGGCCUCUGAUAGCAGCUCCUCUGGGGGCUCUGACAGUGAGGAUGACGAGAAGGCAGCUGGUGCUGUGGAAGCUGUGAGCACAGGCCAUGGCCCGGAGGCACCCCGGCUGCCCAGGACAGAGGAAGCUGCUGUUGGCAGGUGUGCAAGGGCCAAGUAUGCUGACAGCAUGCUGCCAAAUCCUGCCUGCCCUGCACCUUCAGAAGUGACCACUGCCCAGGCAGUGGCAGUGCUCCCUGAGGCCACCAUAGUACUGAGCAAGACAGGUCCUCCCACAGCUGCUCCAGCCAUCUCUGCCAUGGCUGUCGCAGUCCCCCCAGGGCCCAUCAUGGCAGUAACCACAGCAGCCCCAGCCAUAGUGGGGACAGUGACAAAGGACAGGAAGACAGAUGCCCCACCAGAAGGAGCUGCCUUAAAUGGUCCUGUGUAAAGCUGCUGCCACCCAGCCACGGCACCCCUGGUCAGGCUGCAUCCUUAAUCAAGAAAACUACCUGGUGAUGCAAUUCAUUUCUUUCUUUUUUAAUUUAAUUUUAAAAUAAAUGCUGCAUUGGUAAAGCUGGCAGUUGGAACCAGUCAGAUGACCCAGCUUGCAUCUUUCCUGCCCAAACCUGAGUCAUUCAUUCAGGCCAUGCUAGAAGACAGGAUGCACCUGGCUGUUCCCCAGGUGCAGGUCCAGGUCCUGGCACAGCAAUAAGGUCCUGAAUGUGCAACCUCUGCCUGCAGGAGUCAGGGUAGGGGUGGGGCCAAGACCCUGAAGUGCCACUAGGACUUGAUGGGCAGGAAAGGAGUGGACUGUUUUCACCGAUAAUUUUCAAUGCAUGCACUUUGUAUCCAGCUACAGCACAGGGUCUCCUCUGACGGAAUGAAGGCCUGAGUUAGGGAGACCUGACCCCCACAAAUGCAUGUGGGUCAGACUUUAUUUGGCCUUGGGGGGGGGGGUCAAACCCCAGCACUGUAGCUGCUGGGUGGUCCUUGGAGCUAGCAUUGAACCAGGCUGGAAUUAUGACUGCCUUAAAAAAACAAGCCUCUGGACCUGGAAGUGGGGGUGUCUCUGUGUUCAGCAAGGUAGGCCAGCGUGCUUCGGUGGGUGGUUAAGGGUGCCUGGCAGGAGCUGACUGACUUUGGGCAUGUAGGAGCAGGCACAGCAGGGCACCUGGGGGCUCAGAGACCGGGCAGGCCCAUGUUGUCCAAGAAGGAUCCGAAAGGUUAUUUUAUGUUGAGUCCUUUUUUUAAUGUUCUGACCAUCUGACAGGGCACCCCACCCCAAUCCCCAAUAAAGGUUGUUAUCAUUCUUACUGACAAGUUGUGUAUUGUUAAGCUACAAGCACUGGAGCUCCAACUCGGUUGGGGGCAAAAGGUACCUUUUUUUUAUACUGUCCCCCAGACUCAUCUCUGUGGGUAACAAGGGUGGAGUCAGCCCAUGCACAGCAGUAGGUCUCUCUCUACAUUGGCACAGAUACUAAGCUGUUUUUGUUUGUUUGUUUAGGGAAUAAAAACCUCUACCUCAAUCUAUGACUCAACCCUAGACAACAGAACAGAUGAUUGAUAGGCCCGAGGGUACUGUCCCCAGGACCCUUCCCCUUCCUUUUUUUUCCUGCCCUUCUGUAACUCCCCAUCCCACUUUGUCUUCAGUGGUUGGGCAGGAGGGGCAAGUGAAGACCAGACCCUUCUAGAAGGACCGUGUUGCUAAAGUGACUGACUCAGCCACUAAAGGUUGUCUGUCGUCUGCCGUCUUCCUCCAUGGGGAUGGUGCACAAGACCCAGUCAACUGCUGAGGCCCGCAUCCGUCCCUUCCUCCCUCCCAGCAGCAUCUCAGCUCCUUGUCCUGUCCCCCGUGGGUCCUGGGGUGCUGGCUGACCUUGGCUUCUGGCUGGUGCUCAUCUGCUGAACCAUCAGGGUACCUUCUACUCUCCCACCUUUGACUUCAAUUUCCUCAAAACAACAUGAAAUGGGGAGAGCAGGGUCUGUCCACUGAGCCCUAGAAGAGGCCUGGGCUUUCUCAUGGUCCACCUGAGAUCACCCCUAUGUCCAGCCAUGGGGAGGAGUUGUAAUAGGUCAACAACAAACAAACAGUGGAGCCAGUGGGGAGUCCAAGAUUCUUGACAGCUUCAAUCUCCUACAAGGCUGGCUCCACACCAGCAGCCCCUUUGACCACCCCAAGCCACCACUUUCCUUUGGCCUCUGCUAUCUUCUGCCUGGUCCUGGCUGUGAGGACACAGCCAUGGAGCAGGUGAAGCCCUGUCCUGCUCAUGAGCAAAUAAAUGGAAAAGGAGAGCAACAAACCCAGCAGCAGAAAUCCCCAUGAUGCCCUGAGAUGGGAUGAUCAAAGUCCUUUAAGGUGACCCCAGGGAAGGAAAAGGAGCUGGCAUCUACAGCAGAAUCCUAAGCAAGAGAGAGACAGACUGAAACUGACCAGUCCCUGUGGUGCUGUCCCUCACUCUGCCAUUCUCUUUUUCCCUUCUUAGUUGCCUUAAGGAUCUUCUUAUUUCCCCUGGGAGCCCACUCUCCUUCUGCCCGCCCCCCCCCACCUCCCCAUGUGGCCUUUGUCCUGUAGGCCCAGAACAGCCUCCCAGGGGCUACAAGGUCUACUUCAUUUCACCAUAUCCCCCAGAGCCUCCCUGAUGCCAGCUGCUGUCCCAGGGCUAUUUUGGGGGAAGGGAGCCUUCUGCUCCAGGGUGCCAGUCCCAGGGCCAACCUGAGGGCUGGAGGGAAUCAGAAGGCCACAUGGCAAGCAUGGGUCUGAUGAAGCCCUGCCUUCCACAGAAAAGCUGCUACCAUGGCCACAGGAGCUCGGUGGGGGCAA